CAGCGUUUGGACAGCGAAGGUGUGCAGUGCGAAGAAGAUGUCCCAAUUGUUAUCGAAGAAGCUGAAAGUUGCUCUCAUUCAAAUCACCUCAGGUGCUGAUAAGAGUGCCAACCUUGCGCACGCUAAGGAGUUUAUCCUGAAGGCUUUGGCAAAGGAUCCAUCCAUUGACCUCACCAUCCUCCCGGAAUGUUUCAAUUCGCCUUACUCGGUGAGCGAAUUCGCCAACUACGCCGAAAGGAUCCCAGAUGGUGAGUCCACCAGGUUCCUUUCGCAAUUGGCCAAGGAGAACAAGAUCUACCUGGUUGGAGGGUCCAUUCCAGAAUUGGGCGACGACGGUAAGGUGUACAACACGAGCGUAACGUUUGAUAGAGAAGGACAAGUCAUUGGUAAGCACAGAAAGGCACAUCUGUUCGACAUUGACAUCCCAGGUGGAAUCACCUUCAAGGAGUCAAUCACCCUUACAGGGGGUGAUAAGGCGACGGUUUUCAACUUGCCGGAAUUUGGUAACGUUGGUGAAGGUAUUUGCUACGACAUUAGAUUCCCAGAGCUAGCUGCUCUGGCUGCGCGUGAGAAGAACGCCUUCGCUAUGGUCUACCCAGGAGCGUUCAACACCGUCACAGGUCCGUUGCACUGGCACUUGUUGGCCAGAGCAAGGGCAGUCGACAACCAGAUCUUUGUCCUCCUGUGCUCACCUUCCCGCAACUUGGAUUUGUCAUACCAUGCCUACGGCCACUCUUUGGUUGUUGACCCAAAUGGGAACAUCAUCGCAGAAGCUGGUGAGGAUGAGGAGAUUGUCAUUGCAGAGCUGGACCCAGUGCUCUUGACAAAGACAAGAGCCGGAAUCCCAGUCACUACACAGAGAAGAUUCGACAUAUAUGGCGACUGGUCGAAGAACACGGACCCAAGGGCCAUCUGAACGCGAC